AUGAAAAUGAAUAUUACUUUAUUAUUGGGGGCCCUCUUCUUAUUAAAUGGUGUAUUAGGAAAAUCAAAGAUAUCAAAAUGUGUAUUUUACGAUAAAAGAAAUUCUGAAUUAAAAAAUACUUUUUAUGUUCCAAGAGAUGAUGUUAAUAUGUAUAAAGCUACUAUUCAAAAAUUACUAACCAGAGAAAUUAAAAAUUUAGAUCAAUCAAUAAGUAUGAGUGAUGAUGAGAGUAAUAAUAAUAGUGAAAGUAACAUAUCCAACUUUGAUGAUAUAAAAGACAAAGGGGAUGCAAAAAAACGUAAAGAAAUAGAAGAAAAAUUAAAAUAUAUUGAAAAUUAUAGAAAUUAUGCUAAAGAUAUUUUAAAAAAUGUUGAAUUUAAAUGUGAGGAUGUAAGUGAUCAUGAAUCUAAAAUUAAAUGUAAUUUAUGUAUAUAUACAGAAAUUAUUAAUAAUAAACAUAUAAGACAAGGACAAGUUGUUCAAAUAUUUAUGAAUGAGUGUAUAUAUGGUUUUUAUUAUUAUGAUAACAUCAAUCAAUAUACUGAAAGUAAUAAAGCCGUUCAAGCUUCAGGGGAUAUUUCAGAAGCUAAACUUGAUGACAUAUAUCUUAACAUUACAAAAGAUAUAACUAGUGGUAGAACAGACCAAAUUAAUUUUUUCAAACAAGGAGCUAGCAAAUACCACCCAGUUUGUUGUGUAACUGAAUAA